CUGCGCGGACUGCGGCAGAAGGCGGGGUGUGAGGAGCAAGUAUUCUGAGGCUAGCGUUCUGUUGGCUAGUACCUUGCUUCCUUUUCACCACCUCUGAUCUGGGCUCCGGUGACUUGCUUGGAACUUUGGUUCUGGCAUCAUCAGCGGCAUUACUGCUAGCCGUUCUGUGCCUAGGCGCCUACACACCUCGCGUCCUCUUCUGCUAGACCGCCGGCCUGUCGGUGUCUGCUUCUACACGCCGGUCGGUAGGACCAUGUCGCUGGUAAGCCAGAAUCCGCGCCGCCGCCGCAAUGCCAAGGCCGCUGCGCGCAACGGCAGCGGGGAUGAAAUGCAGGCCCCUAGCGCCCGGAGUCUCCCUGCUGCUAUGCCAGGCCCAGACGUCCCUCAGGAUCGCAGCGAUCCUCAGCUCCUGCAGGGCCUUGGCGCCGAGGAGGGCGCAGGCACCUCCGCGCUGCCCACCCCGGGGGAGGGCCCGAGCACCUCUGUGCAGUCCACUGCCGCUGAGGGCUCGAGCGCCUGCGGGCAACUCAGCAUCUCUGAGGGGCCGAACACCUCCGAGCUGCCCGGCCCUAGCCAGGGCCCAAGCACCUUCGGGCCCCCCGCAGUCUCCGAGGGGCCGAACACUGCAGUGUCAAUUACAGCUUCUGAGGGCCCGAGCACCUCGGGGCCGCCCACUGCCGCGGAGGGCUCAAAGGCCUCCGAGCAUCUCACUGUCUCUGAAGGGCUGACCAUCUCCGAGGUGCCCCGCUCUGACGAGGGCCUCAGCGCCCUGGCGCAGUCCACCCUGGGUGCUGGCCCGAGCACCUCGGUGCCGCCCACCUUCGCUGAGGAAUCGGGCAUUUCCCUGCUGCUUGCCUCUGGCGAGGGCCCGAGCACCUCCCUGCCGCCCACCGUCUCUGAGGGACUGGGCAUCUACGUGCCCUCCCCCACCAGUGAGGUCUCGAGCAGUUCUGUGCUGCCCACUGCCUCUGAUGGACAGGGCAUCUCCAUGCUGCCCACCUCCGGUGAGGGCCCGAGCGCCCCGGUGCCGCUCCCAGUUUCGGAGGAACCGGGCGUCUCCAUGCGCCCCUCCUCCGGUGAGGGUCUGAGCACCUCCGGGCUGCCCCCUUCCGGUGAUGGCCACAGCACCUGGGUGCCGCCCACCAUCUUGAAGGGAUCGGGUGUCUACGUGCCGCCCACCUCCGUGGAGGGACUGAGCACCGCGGUGCCGCCCACUGCCUGUGAGAGCGCGAGCGCCUCUGCUGAGGGCCAGAGCACGUUCAUGCAAUCCAGUGCUGCUGAGGGCUGCAGCACCUCGGUACAGCCCCGUGCUGUGGAGGGCCCUGGCACCUGCAUGCUGCUUCCCUGCGGGGAGGGCCCGAGCACCUCCCAGAUGCCCUUGGCUGCUGAGGGCCCAAGCACUUCCGGAAUGCCCACUGCAGCUGAGAGCCCUGACGCAGUACUGGACUGUGGCGCUGUGGGUACCGACUUCUGCAAGUGUGCCUCCCUUGCUCUGCCAAAGCCCCCGGCUCCCUCUGUACGUCCGAAGCGUUCUGACGGCCCGGUGGAAUUCCAGGUCCUGAGAGACAGUGAGAAUUCCAACGCCAUCACCAUCAUGGGCCUCGGCACUGCGCACGUUGCACUUACCCUGAAGCCUCAGGAUCCUAUGGAGCAAAAUGUAGCAGAAUUGUUGCAGUUUCUGCUGGUGAAGGAUCAGAGCAAGUACCCGAUCAGGGAAUCUGAAAUGCGCCAGUUCAUUGUUAAAGAAUAUCGCAACCAGUUCCCUGAGAUCCUUAGGCGAGCCGCAGCCCACCUGGAGUGCAUUUUCAGGUUUGAACUGAGGGAGCUAGACCCGGAGGAGCACACUUACAUCCUCCUCAACAAACUGGGACCUGUGCCCUUUGAAGGGUUAGAAGACAGCCCAAAUGGGCCGAAGAUGGGCCUCCUGAUGAUGAUUCUGGGACAAAUAUUCCUAAAUGGCAACCAAGCCAAGGAAGCUGAUAUCUGGGAAAUGCUCUGGAGGUUCGGAGUGCAGCGUGAAAGAAGGCUUUCCAUUUUUGGGAACCCAAAGAGACUCCUGUCUGUAGAGUUUGUGUGGCAGCGUUACCUGGACUACAGGCCCAUAACUGACUGUACACCAGUCGAGUAUGAGUUUUACUGGGGCCCACGAUCCCACCUGGAAACCACAAAGAUGAAAAUUCUGAAAUUCAUGGCUAAAAUCUACAACAGAGAUCCUAUGGACUGGCCAGCACAAUAUAAUGAAGCGCUGGAAGAAGAUGCCAUCAGAGCUGCUGCUGAUGAUUGGCAGCCGGUCCCUCACUUUAGGAGGCCCUUUUUUGAGGAAGUUUCUCCGGAGCUGCUCGCUCCUGAUUCAGAUCUUCCUGGCUAUCCCUCAAAAUAUCCUCCACAUUCGUGGCCUGAGUCGAGAUUAGAGAGCAAGUCAAGAAAAUUGGUGCAGUUAUUUCUGCUGAUGGACUCAACUAAGCUGCCUAUACCAAAGAAAGGAAUUCUGUAUUACAUUGGCCGAGAAUGUAGCAAAGUGUUCCCCGACCUCCUGAAUCGUGCUGCUCGCACCCUGAACCACGUCUAUGGAACGGAGCUAGUGGUCCUUGAUCCCAGGAACCACUCCUACACCCUGUACAACCGAAGAGAAAUGGAAGAUACUGAAGAGAUUGUAGACAGUCCAAACAGGCCAGGCAACAAUUUCUUAAUGCAGGUUCUAAGCUUCAUCUUCAUAAUGGGAAACCAUGCUAGGGAGUCUUCAGUCUGGGCCUUUCUGAGGGGCUUAGGGGUUCAAAAUGGGAGAAAGCAUGUCAUUACCUGCAGGUAUUUGAGCCAGCGCUACAUAGACAGUUUACGGGUUCCUGAUAGUGAUCCAGUGCAAUAUGAUUUUGUAUGGGGCCCUAGAGCCCGCUUGGAGACAUCCAAGAUGAAAGCCCUACGAUAUGUGGCCAGAAUUCACAGGAAGGAUCCACAGGACUGGCCAGAGCAGUACAGGGAGGCAAUGGAAGAUGAGGCCAAUAGAGCUGAAGCUGGGCACCGGCAAUUGCUUGUUCACAACUUGAGAUAGAUGAAUGUGUGGCAGUCAGUCAGAGAGGCCUUGUAAGGCUGGGCCUAGAGCCUUGGUUCUCAGUAUUGGGGUGGGGGGGUUACAUAUUGUAUUUGAUAUUUGUGUUCCAGUUCCAUUUAUGUCUUUUCAUAUUUAGUUCCUCUUUGGUAUCUUGAAAAGUUUCAAUUGUUUUAAUAUAUUGUACUGUAAUGUAAAUGUGACUGACUACUUGAUGUCUCUGUUGUAUUUUUGGUAUAAGAGUUUUGAUAGUGUUAUAAAAUGUUUUGGGAAUCUUUCCAUCUUGUUGCAUUAUCUGAAACAGAACAUAUAGCAUAUAGCUAUAGAUAUAGGCUUUUCCUUGAAAGCUUGAAAAAAAUUCAUUAGUAAAGUGAUCUAGCUUCAGAUGUUUAACAAACAAAUAUAAUAACAACUGAAAAAAGCACCCUAAGUUGUGGCUGGCCUCCCUUUUGUCUGCUAUUGUGUAAAGAAUACUGAUGUUUCCCUGUAUUUGCUUUGCUGUACUAAAAUGUAUUGAAAAAUAAAAGCGUGAUAAAUCAAAACAA